CAUGCAAAUACUCGAUCUGUGUUGCAAAGCAACCCCAGGGAAGGUGCAUUUUUCUGCCAGUAGGUAACUAAGGCAGCAACAUUUUCCAAUAGUCAGGGACAACAUGUCUGGAGUUCCAUAGAUGCGAGCAGUUUUCACAAGUGAAGUUUUUCUGAACACAGAAAAGGACUUCAGUCAUUUGUCCAGGUUUCUAAAAUAUCACAUCCCAGUCAGAACAGCAGCUCAAAAUGUGUACAUUUCUAUACUUAUGCUGUACACAAGGAAUACAUUAUACCUGUUAAAUAUGCUUCUGGAAAGUUAUCUGGACAUAAAUGUACACUUUUGAACAGAUAUAACAUAUUCCCUUGGGGUUUGCACAAGUACAGCAAGUUCAAAGCAUGAAUGAUUCACGUGCAGAGGAAUAAUUCAAUGCAGUUGUGUUUUAUUUGAUCAUAUUGCAAGCAUUUGUGUGGUCCAACUGCAGUAGAUCCAACAGGUCCCAGAUGUAUCACACGUGCUCUGAAUCAAUAGCACAUAAGCAAGGUAGAAAGCUGGAAGCCCAAUUUCAAAUACUUUCUUUAAAAAGGUGAAGUUGCGGUAAAUUACAUUUUUCCAAACCAAAGUUGCGAGCAAAAGGCACACUGAGCCUGUAUGGCUCCAGGGACUUCCUCCCCACAUCAAGGAAACAGCUCUGUUUGCCAUGCAGUACUGGACAAUGCAUUGUUGGAUGGAGCUUGUAGCAAACAUUAGAUAUGAGUUUGAUUGCAUCAGAAAAACUGAAAAGGGAGAGAAUUUCAUUGUAUGACUUUAUCCUGUUGGAAUAUGUCCUCGGGGAUUUUCACCACAUGGACACAACAGAAUGAUGCUGACAAUUAUGAGCCUCCCUUUUCCAUGCAGAGAUGUAUAAAAUAGCUUCUGCCAAAUGCACAAGAUUUAAUUGUUUUUAAUUUUUAGAAUAUUGUAGCUAGAUACUCCAGUCUGUGCUUUACACCAGACUUGCACUGAUAACCUUUCACCUUUCCCCAGUAAUAAGUGUGAUAAUACUGCUGCCUGCAGAGGGGUGUCCACCUUUACAUCACCUAAAUGAGGUGAGCAGGUGUAUUCCCAGAAUGCAGAGUUAGAAUUACAGUAUUAUCAGGGUAUUGUUUUACUGCUUAUCAUUAGCUGGGAGAGGACAGUUUAUGCUUCUGAGAAUAUUCAUAAACAUUACAGUGCUUGGUACAAGGUCCCUUGCAGUCAGUCGUGCUCACUGAACUCCCUCUGCUGUGCCGAUGUGUUAUGGACCCUAUUGACCAAACCUCGUCCUGCUUACUGAUUCAGUUCUGGGACUGACAUCACCCCCACCUUGAUCAAGCAUUGCUGCAGACUCAGCUUGUUGCCACUACUGUUGCCAGUUCAACCCAGCCAUGCCCAUCCCAUAAAUUCCUACGUAUUGGGCUCAGAAAUGCCAGAGGACACGUGAUGCUUUUGCUUUUGGUUCUGGCUUGGAAUAGAGCUAGACGAGAGUCUAGGAACAGAGGUUUCUACUAGAUUGUUCUUGAACCUGGAAAGCUUUGCAAACCAGAAUCUACUGUGAGUCAUACAGGAUGAUCCAAUUGCUCUUGGUUACUUGAAUUCCUUUCUUGCACACAGUUGCAUUCAGUACACAAGAGGAUGGACAAUUCCACGCAAAGCAAUAAAAUAUGGAAUGAUGGGUAAGGCACUUAAUAGUGAAUGUAAAUGAUAAUUUCCUAAGAUAGAUUUUCCCUUCCCACAGAAUCACAAAGUUUCAUUAUUCUCAUUUUCUCUCUUUUGAAGGCAUAUUUAUCGUUAAGAACAAAUUAAGAGCUACUGAAGAAAUUAACAGGUACUGAAGAACAGUCUCUGUCACUGACUAGUGCAAACCUGUGGAGGAGUAAAAAGGUAAAACAAGUUCCUAUAAAACAUUUUGUUGAUGAGAUCUCAGUCCACACUCAGUUAAUUGGCCUGUUUUGCAGGAUUUAACCUGGUGGCAUAAGAACCUGGAAAUAAAUCUCUUAGCUACGAUUAGAGAUGAAAGACAGAUUAGCACGGGCAGGAGAGCUGAAGUCUUUUUCUCCAUCUCCACUGGUGAGUCAGUGUGAAGACAGGACAACCAAAGAGACAUCAGGAAAUCAGUGUUUCCGUCAUCCUUAGGAUGUCUGAUUCAGGUAUUUUCUCCCUUGUAUUCAUCAAGUUACCAGCUUCAAGUUCCUGUUCAGUCCUCUGAAGCAGAUUUCUACUGCAUGCCUUGGACACAUGCCCCUAAUCCGCUUACGAGCUUCCCUUGACCUACACUUCUUUUCCUAACGCUGAUCUGACUAUGGCUGUUCUCAAAGUAAAAUUCACCAAAACUAAGAGGGACAAACUGGCCCAGAUCUUAUGGAUACUCAACUGGGUUUCUGUAGUGAGCGGGAUCAUUCUCUUCAGUCUUGGCCUCUUUCUGAAAAUAGAGAUCAAGAAGCGCAAGGAAGUGAUGGCAAAAGGGGACAUUAACUCUGUCCCCAACAUGCUGAUCUCUGUGGGGGUCAUAGCAUGUAUCAUCAACUUUCUGGGUGGAAAAAUCUGCUACGACUGCUCAGACGCCAACAAGUUCUCUCGAUGGAAACUUGUUAUGCUGCCAUACAUUGUAUGUACCUUCUGUUUUACCUUCUGCAUCCUGGUGGGUGCUCUCAUGUGCUACACCAUGAGGAACGAGCUGGAAGAGUCUCUCUACCUGGGACUGAGGGAUGCUAUAAAGUUCUAUAAGGACACGGACAUACCUGGACGAUGUUUCUUAAAGAAAACAGUGGAUUUGUUACAGAUUGGAUUCCAUUGCUGUGGAAACAAUGGCUUUAGAGACUGGUUUGAAAUUCAGUGGGUAUCUCCUCGUUAUCUGAAUAUGGCUUCUAAGGAGGUUCAAGACCGUCUAAAGAGCAACGUUGACGGGAAGUUCCUGGUGGAUGGAGUACCCUUCAGCUGCUGCAACCCCAGCUCCCCACGGCCCUGCAUCCAGUACCAGUUGACCAACAACAGUGCUCACUACAACUAUGAUUUUCUGACGGAGGAGCUCAAUAUCUGGGUGAAAGGGUGCCGAGAGGCCCUACUGGAUUACUACACCAAUAUUAUGAGAUCCAUUGGCAUUGCAGCAUUGCUUAUUUGGUUGUUUGAGCUCUCUGUACUUAUUGGUGUUCGGUACCUACAAACAGCCAUGAAGAAUGUCCUUCUGCUCGGAGAUCUGGAGGGAGAAUCAGAUGGUUGGUUACUAGAAAAUAGUUUUGUGGAAACUGCCAAAUACAACAUCAGUAUCAUUAAGAACCUCGGCAAAGCCAACCAGAUCUCCACUGUAUCAGGCAUGAAUGACCCUAACAUUAAUGUUCAAAACACAGACUGUGGCAAAACCAAUCUUACAACAAAAUCUAUCCCUGCAGCUAGGUAGGCAAAUCUUCAAAGGAAUGACAUCACAAGUGUAGCUUUGCUGUAUUACAUUCCUACAGUUACCAGAUUUUUCACUGGUGGGGUAAAAAAGGAAAAAAAAAUGAAGACAAUUGAACAAACCACAGACUGGUGACAGCUCCAAAAAUGCUGAUACUUCUAUGGAUGGAUGCAUUUUUACUUGAGAAAUCCCUGAUUUUCAACACUGCACAGAACUUUUGGAAUUUUUCCCACUUUCUCUCCUUUAUCUACAGAAUUCUAUCAUGGUCUGAACGUGCCAGAGUAAUCGCUAUGCACAAGCAAAUGUUCCAGAGAGGAUGGGUCUAUAUCUACUAACAUACAGAUUGGUCUAAUAUGUACCAAAGUUUGUCAUUACUGUCACUACACCUACAGAAAUCCCAGCAACUGGGAAAUCCCAAAAGAAAUUAUUGCACUUGAUAAAAAGAUUCUUUACAAAAAAGACAAAAACCAAAAUGAAAGCUCUGUUAGUCCAAGAUAGGAGAGUUACUUUUAGAUGAAAUGUACCUAUAUUGCAGCCCUUCAAACAGAACCUACUAGCCAGGUGAAACUGAAGGCAAGGAAAGUUACCAUAAUGUACUUAAUUUAUUUUUCCCCAAAAGUCUGAAGUAUGUUUUCAUUUUUUCCCCUCUAUAGUCUAGGGAAAGCCAGCUGCCACACCUCCCUGAAAGUCAAAGGGUACUGCUGAAAGGAGUUCUCUGCUUAAGAAAACUGACAACUCUUGCAAGGAUAUUUGAAAUUCCAAGUAGCAUGUGAUAGCCUCAGUUUAAAAACAAGGAUACACCUCCCCUAAAACAAACACUGAUGAUGCUUAUAAGCUCCUCAUUUCAAAGGUACUUAACACAUUGAUCCAGGGGCAGGAAGAUAAGGGACUAUGUGAAAUCAAUGAAGG